CUUCCUGCGCCCCCUCGCCGCCCUCCGGUGCCAGGAAUCCCGCGGCGGGCGAACGAUCGUGGUGCGCGCAAGCCGCAGCAAUGGGGCGCUUGGCGUGUUGCCUUCCUCUCUUCUUGUUGUUCCUGCUGCAGCUCCGGCCGUGCUCGGGCGACACUCCGGCCAACUGCACGUUUGAAGAUCUGCAGGGCACCUGGGUUUUCCAGGUGGGCAAAGGGCAAGGCUCCCCGAACCAGAACAUUAACUGCUCGCAAGUGGGUCCCGUGGAGAAAGAAUUCAUUGUCAGCCUUCAGAAACUCGACAUCGCUCAGGACGAUCAAGGGAACUUUGGGUUCUUCACGAUAAUUUACAACCAAGGCUUUGAGGUUGUGUUGAACAACUACAAGUGGUUUGCCUUUUUUAAGUAUAAAAGAGAUGCCGGCAAUGUAACCAGCUACUGCCACAAGACCUUCCCAGGAUGGGUGCAUGACGUGCUAGGCCGUAACUGGGCGUGUUUCACCGGCCACAAGGUCGCAUCUCCGGACUCUGGUGUUCGUGUAAAUCAACGGCCUCUUCGGAAUCCCUACGGAAAACCUCUGCAGAAGCUCUACACGACCAGCUUUGACUUUGUGAAGGCCAUCAACACUGUUCAGAAAUCAUGGAGAGCAAAAAUCUACAAAGAAUAUGAAACCUUCACCCUAGAAGAGCUCACUCGGAGAGCUGGCGGGUUCAGCUCCAGAGUUCCCAGGCCAAAGCCUGCUCCUCUGACUGCUGAAGUAAUCAAUGAAGCUUCUAAUCUGCCUAAAUCCUGGGAUUGGAGGAACGUCAACGGUGUUAAUUAUGUCAGCCCAGUACGAGACCAAGAGACCUGUGGCAGCUGCUAUGCCUUUGCUUCGAUGGGCAUGCUGGAAGCCAGGAUUCGGAUCCUCACCAAUAAUUCACAGACGCCGACACUGAGCCCCCAACAGGUGAUUUCCUGUAGUGAGUACUCUCAAGGUUGCAGAGGAGGAUUCCCUUACCUCAUCGCUGGAAAAUAUGUUCAGGAUUUUGGGGUGGUUGAGGAGGCGUGUUACCCUUACACAGGCAUGGAUUCCUCUUGCAUUUUUAAGCACAACUGUUACCACUACUACACCUCCGACUACCGCUACGUUGGGGGUUUCUAUGGCGGGUGCAAUGAAGCCCUGAUGAAACUCGAACUUCUCAAGCACGGACCCAUGGCGGUCGCUUUUGAAGUAUAUGAUGACUUCAUGAAUUACGCAGGGGGGAUCUAUCACCACACUGGCCUGAUGGAUCCUUUCAACCCUUUUGAACUGACCAAUCAUGCCGUCUUGCUUGUGGGUUACGGCAGCGAUCCAACUUCUGGCGAGCCAUUUUGGAUCGUGAAGAACAGCUGGGGAGAAUCCUGGGGUGAGAAGGGUUACUUCAGGAUCCGUAGGGGCACCAACGAAUGUUCCAUAGAAAGCAUAGCACUGGCUUCCACUCCUAUACCCCGAAUGUAGCCAUAGUGGAAUUUCAAGUGACUCCCUCCCAGGAAGCAACAGUGUCCACCGUACAAAUGUAAUGAAUUAUAGUGGGAGAAUUUUACUGCCUGGCUUUUACAGCUUUAAAGAAUGAGCUUUAAUAAAAAUCAUUCAGGGCAAAUUAAAUAUAUGUAUUUGCACCUUUCAGAUGAUGUUAAACGAGGGUCGUAGAUAGAAUGGCAGACUGAAGCCCAGUAGACCUAACUGCCCAACCAUCAUGAUUCAGUUUAGAUAUCAUGCUAAACUAUGGUCAAGGUAGAUUAACCAUAGUUUCCUGUGACUGGCUGGCUUUGCAAGCCAUAGGCUGUGCUAAUGAUGGUUUUGGCAUGACAUCUGUACUGUCAAAUUUCAGUUACAACUGCUCCAUCACUGGAGGCAUUGCACUGUGAAAGGGAACAAACACAGAGAAUGGUGGCUUGACUACAUUUCAAUAUUCAUGGUAUGGGGUUGUAAACCAUGGUUAGUGCAAACCAUGGUUUGGUGUGUUUGGACUGAAGCCAUCUUUUAGCCUAAUCUAGGAUAAAAUGGGAUUAUCUCAUGUAUGCCAUCCUGAGCUACAUGGAAGAAGGAUGUGAAACAGAUAAUUUGAAUGUUUACAAUCUACCUGUAAAAUUUGCAAUAGUGACAAUUUACAAUAACUGCAGGUAUUCAGUAUGUUGUUCACCAUCCUUUUCUUUCCUCAUUGAGCCAACCUUUUAUACUUGACUUGUGCCAGAAAUAUUUCUUAAAUCUGUGAUUUUAUAUUUGAAAAAAAAUGACUGUGCCUUACAGGGAAAAUGAAGACAUUUCAAAUGAGAAGAUACAGGAUCAUGCUGUGAUUUAUUUUUUUAAAAGGGAACCUCUCUGAAUCUUUUUUGUUUGGUUUUGUUUUGCAAAACACUUGGUAACUCAACACUCGUUUUUAGUGGAACACUUUUUAUUCUGCAGUUGGCUCACUUCGUUUGGGUUUUAAUUUUGGAUGUAAUUCUGAAAUAAAGUGAUCCUCCAUUGUUGCUAUGGGAGUUCUUCA